AGGAAGCAUCUCUCGAUAGAGACGCUUCUUUGCUUGACGCUUUUCCAAAUCGGUCACCACCAAAACAUUACCCUUUUCCCCUCCUUCCCCUGAAGGACGGCUAGAAAACACUGUCUAGCAAUAUCAACCGACACGACAGCAAACAUGGCUGAUCGUUACAUUCCCGAGCAUCGCCGCACCAACUUCAAGGCGAAGAGCACCUUCAAGCCUGAGGAGCUUCGCCGCCGCAGAGAGGAGCAACAGGUCGAGAUCCGCAAGGCGAAGAGAGAGGAGAACCUGGCCAAGCGCCGCGGUAUUGGUACGGGCGAGAACAGACCUGGUGCUUCCCUUGGGGCCGCUCCGGACAGCGACGAUGAUACCGCUCCUACUGAGUCCCAGCUCAACGAGGACCUCCCCCAGAUGGUCCAAGGUGUCUUCUCGGAGCAGAUCGAUCUCCAGAUCCAAGCAACUACCAAGUUCCGGAAGCUGUUGUCCAAGGAGCGCAACCCUCCCAUCGAGGAGGUCAUCAAGACUGGUGUUGUCAGCCGUUUCGUCGAGUUCCUGCGAUCUCCCCAUACUCUCGUCCAGUUCGAGGCUGCCUGGGCGUUGACCAACAUCGCUUCCGGCUCCGCCACGCAAACUCAGGUUGUUAUCGAGGCCGGUGCGGUCCCCAUUUUCGUCGAGCUUUUGGCCAGCCCUGAGCCCGAUGUGCGGGAGCAGGCUGUCUGGGCCUUGGGUAACAUUGCUGGUGACAGCCCUCAUUGCCGUGACUAUGUCCUCAGCUGCGGCGCCCUGAAGCCUCUCCUGGCUCUUCUCGGCGACAGCCGGAAGCUCAGCAUGCUGCGCAACGCCACGUGGACCCUCAGCAAUUUCUGUAGAGGCAAGACCCCUCAGCCCGAUUGGAACACCAUUGCGCCCGCGCUCCCCGUGCUUUCCAAGCUUGUCUACUCUCUGGAUGACGAGGUACUCAUUGACGCCUGCUGGGCCAUCUCUUACCUUUCCGACGGGUCCAACGACAAGAUUCAGGCUGUUAUCGAGGCAGGCAUUCCCCGUCGCCUGGUCGAGCUUCUCAUGCACGCCUCCACUUCGGUUCAGACGCCUGCUCUUCGUUCCGUCGGUAACAUUGUCACCGGUGACGACGUCCAGACUCAGGUGAUCAUCAACUGCGGUGCCCUGCCCUGCCUCCUUUCGCUCCUCAGCUCCAACAAGGACGGCAUUCGUAAGGAGGCCUGCUGGACGAUUUCCAACGUCACCGCUGGCAACUCGGCCCAGAUUCAAUCGGUCAUCGAUGCCAACAUCAUCCCGCCUCUCAUUCACCUCCUCUCCAACGGCGACCUGAAGACUCGCAAGGAGGCUUGCUGGGCCAUCAGCAACGCCACCUCGGGUGGUUUGCAGAAGCCUGAGCAGAUCCGCUACCUUGUUUCUCAGGGCUGCAUCAAGCCUCUGUGCGAUCUCCUGGCUUGCCCCGACAACAAGAUCAUCCAGGUUGCUUUGGAUGGCUUGGAAAACAUUCUCAAGGUUGGCGAUCUCGAUAAGCAGGCCGCCGGCGAGGGCCCCGACUCCAUCAACCGUUACGCCUUGUUCAUCGAGGAGUGCGGUGGCAUGGAGAAGAUCCACGAAUGCCAGACCAACGCCAACGAGGAGAUUUACAUGAAGGCUUAUAACAUCAUUGAGAAGUACUUCUCGGAUGAGGAGGAGAACGCGGACGAAGGUAUGGCCCAGGGUACCGGCCCCAACGGUACCUUCGGGUUCGGCACCAACGCGGCUCCCCAACAGGGUGGCUUCAGCUUCGCCAACGGCGGUGACUCGAUGGACAUGUAAAAUUACCAAAUUGUCAGCGACCCUCGAUGUGCUUUUUGCUGAUGCAGCAACUUGCCGACAUUGGAUCAAACCCUGAAACAGCCCCUCCAUUUACCCCUUAGCACCAACCGUCACUCACCCCCCUUCUGUCAGCGAAGCAUUGCGUAUCUUGCUGAGCUGACAGAUACACAACAUCCCCCACACAUACACACAUCACGUGCAAUCGGCGUUCUCUAAUAUGGCUUGAUGGAAAUGAUUGGAAGACAUUCCCGAUUGGGAGACG